AUGUCUUUUACCACUCGGUCGACCUCGCCACGCGCGCGAAGGGCAUUACAUGAGCGUACACCCUCUCACUCAAACGAAAGAUCGCCAUCCCAGUCAUUGCGAAUGGUGCCGAAUGAAGAGCUUGAUAUGUACACCGCGACCCCAUUCCCGACCAAACCCGAACAGAUUCUGUUACCUCUCCCCGGCAGACAACAACAAUACAUAUCAGACACCGGUUUCAGCUACUCCGAUCACCACGUUGGACCGUCAACAUAUUCUUCAUCGACCCUCAACAACCCGACACCCCACAGCCCGAGAGAUCACUCAAUUGGUGAGAGCUGGGAUGUAUCCUCCACCGUCGAUACCGGAAACUCGCCUCCCCAGUUAUGGGAUGAUGACCCAUCUUCUAGCAAGUCCUCGCUGCCCUCCGGGAAAGCACCAGAUUAUGGGUCGGAAAGUUCAGAAGCUGAGUACUCGGAUGACGAGAUGAUGGUCUUGCCGACCACAACACCAACAAUCAAAGCCGUCGUCUCGGAGUCAUCGAUGUCGCCCAAGUCCUCUGCGGAGUCCGUGACUGGCUAUUCCAGCCCCAUUAUCGAACAAAUCGGGGCCCCGUCAAGUCCCAACUUUGUUAUGCUGGAUAACUCAAGCAUUAACUACCACUAUACAGCAUCCUCAGGAUCAGAACCGCGAACGAACUCGCUUUCCUCGUAUAACUCACGAGGAACCGUCGUCAGGCACGUCGGCUCUACACCCUGGUUCCAAAACGCCUUCCAACCGGCUUCAUCCGAGCACUCUAGCUAUGGAUCCCCAUCAUUCCACUCCAGCCCGCCUACGCAAUCGAUAGCCUCAUUCCACUCCAGCCCUCCCCCGCAGUCCAUAGCCUCGUUCCGCUCAUCAUCCAGGGCACCAUCAGGCAGCCGUUCUCAAUCAGCAACAUCUUCUUCCCGCAGCCUCCGCUCUGCUUCUGACUUGCAGGCAGCCAUCGACAAUGGCGUGCCUAUUCAAUACCCACGUAUUCGCGUGCCAUCGUCUUCAAGUUCCCGCGCUGGCACAUCAGUUUCAUCAGAACGCGACUUCUCCCCUGGCCCUGCAUCCGGACGUUGCAAUCCUCACUUGGCAUCAGGACGCUGGAACCCGCAUCUAUCAACGGUCUCCUCCAUCUGGUCUGCCGAUGAAUUAUCCAAUCUCGCUGGACACGCAGACUCAGACUCAGACCGCGAAAUGGCAGAGCCAACCCCACCGCCGCCAGCAGCCCUAAAAGGAGAACCAAACAGAUCUUCCGUCUGGCUCGUGGACUCUCCCAACGAUAGUGAAGAUGAGCGCCUCGACAGCCUAACCAAGCUCCCCAACCGCCCAGUCUUCUCCCAGAGUGUCUCCUCCGGCUCAAAGCGGAGCGACAGCACCCGCAGCCUCCAACGCCCAGGCACGGGAUCAAGCACAAUCCUCAACAUCCUCCCAACAUGGGCAAAGGUUUACUACCUACGCGAACCAUUGGGCCUGAACUCAACACUCUCCAUGAUGGACGCUACCCGCCCACCUUCUACCCGCCCACCUUCUAUACGUCCACCAUCCACCCGCCCAGGAACCUCAAACUCAAGCGUCUUCAACCUCGUCCCAGGCCCCCUCAACAUCCCCCGCCCCCGCUCUCCAGAACGUCAACUCCCCUCCCCGCAACGCAAACCUGUCCCCCAACGCCGCAUAGAAAGCGACCCGCGUGAUCCACGCGCCCACUGGGUUCCUUCCCCACAACCCGAAGACGGCGAGUUCAGCGGUAAUCACCUCAACCGCCUUCGACACAGCUGGUCACCGCAUCUUAUUCCGGACCGACGUGUUCUGCAACGCUCGACAAGCCGGUGGCGGCCUCCAUCACUCGACUCUCGCAACGAGCCUUUCUUCGGCCGCCGCAAUAUUCAAGUGUAUUCAUUCUGCAUGGGAUUCAUUUUCCCACCUGCGUGGUGUGUCGCGGCGUUCAUGCCGCUGCCACCCAAACCUAAGAUGUUGCAGAUGGCCGAAUAUGAGUCCGGCUCGGAUGUUAAUGCGGCGCUUGAGGCCCAGUGUGUCAAUUUGCAGCAGCGGAGGAGGGACAAUGCGCGCUGGUGGAGGAAUCUCAAUCGAUGGAUGAUUUCCCUUGGGGUUGUUAUUGUUAUUGUUAUCAUUGUGCUGGCUGUUAUUGGGACGACCACGGGUUUUUAA